AUGGAAAACAGUGAGCCUUUCAAUGAACUCGAACUAGAUUGUGCCCAAUAUGUAGCUGGAUAUGUUGCUAACCGUUUUGCUAACAAACAUCCAGAACUUAUCAAACAAAUUGAUGAUAAAACUGUUAGUUGUUGGACUAGUUUUAAAUCAAAGGGUGGUUUGAAAUUGCCCUCUGACAACCUGAUGGUGGCAGUCAGAAAAUUAGAAAUCGAAUUUCAAAAACUUCAUCAAGAUAACAUUAGUAAAAAUAAAAAUAUAAUGAAAAAUAUGACCAACUUACUGAUGCCUCACAUUGAAGAUUUGUGUAUUCCAAAAGAUGCUAUUGAAUGCCUUGUAAGAACAAGGACAUUCAUCAGACUCAAUGAUCUCAACAACAGGACCACAGAGAAAAACUACGCGAAGAGACAAGAAAAGAGAAAAAACAAAAAUUUAUAA